GGGUGCGAGGGGCGUUUCAAGCAAUUUCGUAAAAGGGCAACAAAACGUCGGCGUGGCCGCUCUCAGGUUUCUUUCUGGUGCGACAGAGUCACAUUUUGCAUUUUGGUUCUUAAAAAUUUAUAAUAAAUAAAAUUCGCGAGAUUCGUACUGCACCUGACCCGUUACUAGGCGCACGACUCAGCAAUUUUAUUUUGAUAUUUUAUCCAAAAAUUCGCUCUGUCGCACCCUGCAGAUGAUCCUACUGAUUACAAGUAUCAUAAUUUUAAUAUGAUUCUCUCUAUAUUUUGGCCAAAAUAGUGGAUGUAUGAUUACCAAUUUGAAAAAAUGUAUGUGGUCUCUCAGAAAAACAUUACAUUAUAUUUAAAGAUGAGAUUGUGUGUCACAGUCACGUGUCAAUUAUAUAUUCAUAAUAAUAAAAUUAUUUAUAAUAGUAAAGACACAAAUCUUUACGCACAUGCGCAAAGAUUUGUCCUUUCUAUUCUUUACUACGUGUGGUUCGAAUUUUGCGUUUGACGUCACCGUCUCGAAGACUCCCUCCGAUAUCAUUGAAUUCUUGAGUCUGUUUUUCGCGCUCGUAUCUUUCUUCGAGAUAAUUUUCGAGAGGCUUUCUUCUCAAGAUAACGUGCUACUCCAACAAUUCGGCGAUUAAACCGUCUUUAAGGCGUCGGAAUUUUCGAAUUUUGACAAGAUGUGCGUAUCGAUGACAGCUUUUAGUCGGCGAGGAUUUGUUUCGAGGGACAUCGCACAAUUUAAUAUUAAGCAAUCGCAUUAUUCUAACAAUCGUAACAAAACAUUAAUGAAUAAUGCAUUGUCGCGAUGUUGUCCGACGUCAUCAUACAUCGUCGAUAUUCUGAGUAAAAAGUUCUCUUCCAUGAAAACUCCAAUCUCUUCUGAAACCAUUCAAGCUUUGACGAAGCAACAAGCAAAAGAAUUAACUUCGAAGAUGACUUCGGAAGAACGUAAGCUGUUUUUGGCGGCAUUGAAUGAAUGCAAAUCAAAGGAAGAGAAAGCUGGCUAUGAAGGUCAAUUGGCAACUUUUCGAUGGAGCAGCAAGCUUGGCAGACCUAGCAAAAUACCAUCAUUAGGGGAGGUGGAUCCUACAGGAACCUACUGCCCUAUGCCAGAUGACUGGUUAAAUCGCAAGUAUGUUGAAAACGUUCCAGAACCAACUACAAAAGAUCUGAUGUUAGUCGCAAUUGCGAACGCAAUUCCAUUCGUUGGAUUUGGUUUUCUUGACAACUUCAUCAUGAUUGUUGCUGGUGAUCAAAUCGAGCUGAUAUUGAAUGCAAGGUUUCCAAUCUCGACUAUGGCAGCGGCCGCGUUGGGCAACACAGUGUCCGAUAUUAUUGGAAUAGGAUCGGUGCAUUAUGUUGAGAUGUUCGCCCAGAGAGUCGGUUUUAAAGCACCCAAAUUGACAUUAGCACAACUGAAUCUACCCAGGACACGGAUAGCUGCAAACUUGGGUCGAGUCGUUGGAGUUACGAUUGGAUGUCUCCUUGGUAUGACGCCUAUACCGAUGGCCGCGCUUUUUCGCAGUAGCUGAAUUACUUGAAAAACGACUGAGAAACGAAGAUUAAGUUAAUUAACACAUGGGACCGUAAACAUCUCACUUAAGCACUUUGCUUUAAAAAGGCCUAUAAAUUUCUAUAAUUUUAAAGUUUAAUUGCCGCAAUAACACAAUUUGUCCCAACAAAUACAUAGGAUGUUAAUAGAUAGAUUAUAUAGAGAACACAAAGUUCGUAAAAAAAGCGUGUAAUAUAAUAAUUUUUCUUUUUUAACUACUAAAACAAUAUAUUGGUACAUAUGGUACUUUAUUGACAUUUUAAUCCAGUAUUAAGUAAAUCUAUUAAGUAAAAAACAAGUAAGAAAGAAACAUUGAUUUUUAUUAUUUUAUAGAAAUGAAAUUAAAAAAAAAAGGAAUAGUUUAAUAGCUUCUAAAAGAAUGUUGAUCAAACACACAUUUUUGUUCAUUCAUUCGUACAUUUAUUUGAUGUAAUAUCAAUUGAAUGUAGAGAGAAUGUAAGAGGCUAUUAAA